GGAUGAUAAAGCGAGCAGAGGACUGAAAUUUGUGACCACCAUCCGCCCAAUAUGUCCUCCGUCUACCCGAUUCUGCUGAGCCUCAUAACCUUAUCUGGAUUAGGAGUUCAUGGCCAAACUGAAAGAUCAGAACAAUGUCAAAAUCCCUCAAUACGAAAUGUGGAGAAAUUGUCACCAUACAAGGACUAUUAUAACUGGGGUGAGGAGGUGACAUUACAGUGCAACCCUGGACAUUAUCCCUCAUCGGACAAAAUCCGCUGUAUGAGACUUGGAGGCCGGAGUUUCUGGAGGCCAUCUGCUGUCUGCAUAGAAGUCAAAGUGACCAUUGUGGAAGUGACGUCGAGCAGCAUCCGCCUGAGUAUUGUUUGCACCCCGGAGCAGUGCCGGAACGACUGGACAUCAUAUAUAUCCUCCUGUAUUCUGCAAAAGGAUUUCUACACUGAAUGUAAAUAUGGAAGUGGAGAGAAGAUCUUCUCCAAUCUGGAGUUAUUCACACAAUACGAUAUCGUCUUCUCACAACGAUCGGAUCAGUCAUCGGUCACUGUGGAGAAAUUAUACAUCAAAACUGCUGAAACAGAUCUCACUGUACGGAAUUCAACAGAGUCGUCUAUCAUGACGUCAGAUGUUACAUCCAUACAUGGCAUUAUAAUUCCCAUAUUCUUAGUGAAGUUGCUGAUACUUGUGGUUCUCAUAAUGGUCCAGUGGAUUGUGAUGGACAGAAAAUCCUUGGAUACAGAUCUGGACAAAAAUGAAGAAUCAAAGCGUAAUUCGAUCCUCUACAGAACGAGAGGAGCGGAGUAUGUGAACGUGGAUCCCCAGGAGCCAAAUAUUUUACCAUCUAUGUCGCCCCUUGUAAAAUCCAUGAAUUGUGAAUUCAUCCAAGAAUAAAACCUAUUGUAUAUACAGUCA